AGGACCAAAACUUCUCUUUUUCCGGUUUUCGACAAACAAGCCUUGGUAUCUGGUGCUUUGGUAGUCCUUUUGGUUUAUUCAUAGAUCUGCCGGAGGGAUAUUCAUAAUAUUGAAUAUUAGAUCUCAUCUGCUCAUCAUAUACGUAUCCACCAACUUGCAAAGAUACAGGGAAGGAGUUAAAAAGAAGAUGGAGGAAAGCACGAUUGAUACAGUGGACCGGAUUUCGCAACUUCCAGAUUCUAUUAUUCACCACGUACUGUCGUUUCUUUCGGAUCGUCCAAAAACACUUGUUCGAGUGAGUGUAUUGUCAAAGAACUGGUAUUCUCUAACAGCUUCUUUACCGAUUUUGAAGUUUGACUGGUUACGUCUAUCGGGUAAUUUUUUCAAAUAUGUUAAGUAUACCACGUCAAGAUUAUCCGAGCAAAACACCAGUCUACACAAAUUAGACAUCGAUGCAAUCAUACGUGAGCCUGCCCAUGGAGAUAUUAUUGACAAAUGUGUUAGGUUAGUUCUUCAAAAAGGUGUGCAGGUGUUAGUUCUGGAAGUUGCCUAUCGCAAGGGUCAGCAGAUGUAUCAUUUGCCUACCCAACUCUUAUUUGCUUCUUCGUUGUUGUCUUUGAAAUUAUGUAAUUGUGAGCUGCCUUCGACAUUGAUGGUUUAUACUAGGAUGUUCACAUCUCUGAAGUUGUUGUCCCUUAAAAAUGUACCAAUAGAUGGUGAAGUGAUGACAUAUCUAAUCGAUAGUUGCCCCGUUCUGGAAGAACUUAAAAUUAAACACUGCGACGGCUUCAACAGAAUUUGUGUUAAUGCACAUCAAACCCUUCAAAAGGUUCAAAUUAGAAUUCCGGUUCCAAUUGAUAGGAUAGAUAUCGCAGCUCCAAAUCUACGUUAUCUUCUUGUGGAUGGAAACAUACGGAAGCCGACACUUAUGAACUUAGCUUCGUGCGAAAAGCUUAAAACAUUCUGUUACUUCGGGCAUCUGUCAGAACCAAAUUUUGUUGACCUUUUAUCCAGCCUCCGUUUUAUCCAAAAUUUGUUUUUGUGUUCUAGUAGAGAUAAGUGGAGGCUUUCAAUUCCAUCCUUGAGGAGCUUGGCACUACAAUCUGAUUGUGACCUAGAUGAAAUUGAUAUCAAUGCCCCUAAUUUGCUUCUGUUCGAUUAUUCUGGCUGUGGUUCAUGUCGUGGGCAAAAGUAUCUUUCCACUCCUUUUAAAAAGGAGGAUUCGGUCCGUCCAACUAAAUUUAUGCGGAUCAACACAUUAUUCUUUCAUGUUGACGCUAUUUGGUUUCAGAAGUUGAGGUUCUUUUUGGGCAAAUAUCAAGGAAUCGAAGUUUUGAAGCUGCAUAUUGGUGUGAACGAGGACGGCAUAAAUGUCAACGAAUUAAUGGGGAUCAACUCACCACCUUAUGAACUCAAGCAUCUGCACGUAGCAUUUUACGAUUUACAAGAUUUUGAAGAUGUUGUAGAUGCUUUACUUUGGUGUUGCCGGCCGCUAUCACUAACCUUAAGACUGGAAGCUCAUUGUAUGUGGUUGAAAAAUCAAAGGCUUCAUAGACUUAAACAUCCAUACGAAAAGCUACUGAAACAAGAAGACCGAGGCCUAUUCGACAUUAGGUUUGUCUUGACUCACGUUUCAGAAGCCAAACAACACUUCACUGACUUGAAUUCGUUGGUUGAAGCAAUACAUCGUGACGAACACCCAAGCACAAUAACCUUCAUAAAGGAAAGAGUUAUUGAAGAAGCGGGGUAAUAAUGGAACAAUUGAAGGCAUUGGAUCCAGCAAUACACCAUGCCUGUCUAUGUAUAUCACACUUCUUGUCUCUACCUCUUUAUGUUAAUAUUUGUAAACUUUUAUUCGAUUCCUAUUUGGUUAGAUAAAAUCAAAGUAAAUG